AUGGAGAAUUAUGCUUCCGUCACCCCAAUUUCGCCCCCACGUUCCUUCCAAGAACACGAUGCCUCAUUAGGCAGCUCGUUAGCCAGCCCCGCUCACCCUUAUCAACAUUCUCUGCAAUCUCGCCGAGGGCACCAGGACACGAUCAAUCAGCGACCUGCAUCGGCGACCACAUGUGGGGAUGAAGUUGGCAAUGAACAAAACUCGUCGGAUUUCCCUUCGCCUGCUCAGCAAGCUGCUCUUUCAACCCUUCAAGACUAUGACAACCAAACCAUCUUUGCCUGGCUCACAGGGUUUCGUUCCUUCAGACCGGGCGGCGACAAUUGGUUCCAGCCUGCUUGCCUCUCGCCCCAGCAACUAAAAGCAAUUUCCGCGUUGGAGGAUUAUACCGAUAACCUCAUUUCAGUAUGGCUUGAUACUGUUCGCUGCAGCGGAAGUUUCCAUGCGCUUCACAAUUACUAUGAUAGCAGCUACCUCGCUGUCCAGAGAGCCGCCGUAACAUCGACGCGCAAUACAUGGCGAGGAUCUUCAAACACUUCCAGGUCCUCAUCCAGCUCUUUCGGACCCUCCGUGUCUCCUUACGACAGUUGCACCAGUCCUAGUACACAACGCAGUUCGUGGAGUAGAGGAACUUUCCUUGAUCUCUCUCGAGAGCCUUCGAUCGACGAGACCACUGCCUCACUGCCUGUCGCUGGCGCACAUACCCAUUGGUGCUUUGUCUGCGAAAAUCCUCGGGGUGUUACUACCUGCGAUGGAUGGAAGAGACAUAUGAAAGAGCAUGAGACGAGAUACCCAUGCAUGCCACAGGGGCGUGAGAGAUAUACAGCACACGGUCCAGAGUGUGUGCUAUGUGGGGUUUUGAACCCAGACGAAAGACACUACGACUCGCACAAGAUACUACCGUGCUGCUCAAACCAGACCUUGGUAACCCGAAGUUACACCAGGAAGUCUCAUCUCAUCAGCCAUCUCAAGACUCACGACGUUGCAGAUGGCUCCGCUUUAGCCGAGGGAUGGCGGGAUACACUGGACAAGAAAUAUUUCUCCUGUGGAUUCUGCAUCACUUGCUUCCACUCACAUACGGAUCAAUUGAACCAUAUUGACAGUGCUCACUAUAAGAAACACCAAGAUAUCCGCGAGUGGGACUCCGAUAAGGUCAUCCGGGGUCUACUGCUCCAACCCGGGGUCCAAGAGUCAUGGCGAAACAUACUGGCAGUACAUUCCCAAUACAUUGGUUCAGGCUUUCGCUGGAGUCCCGCCACGGCCAAGAGUCUACAACUCAGAUUAGAGAAACGCGAAGAGACGGCCAACAAUCUCGCAUUAGCCGCUUUCAACGAGAGUACCUACGACUGGAUACAAAACACCCAGCUUGAUUCCAUGGCUGUUGCGGGCUUCUCCAACCAGGAUCUGAGCAUCCAUCAUAACCUGCCGAUCAUUCAGCCUCAAGCUACCUUAGCACAGAUGCACGUUACUCCGAACCAAAGCUCAGUCUACAAUGGUGGGAUGAUGAACACCGCAUUCCAAGCACAGAAUCCCGCAUGGGGUGCGAUUGCAACCAGCCAUUUCAGUCCAGGCGCGGUAAACGCCAACCCUACAGCAUAUCGGAAUAACUCGUCGCGAGAAUUGAUGAUGGCAGAUCGGCCCGAGCGCGACGUGCAGCUUGGACUUCCUUCAAGUAGCAGCAACGCCUGGGCGCCACCACAAUUGCCUUCUCAUGUGCCCUGUGAUGGCUCAAUCAUUGCUCAUUCGGAUGCGUGCGAUGGCCAAACGGCGGUCUCAAGCAGCCUGACGGCUGAUGGGAACUGGCAUGCUUAUUCAUCCCCCAAGCCGCUCGUGGGCCAAUCUGGACACCAACAGAAUACCAGUGCGGACAGGACACGCACUAUCGCUGCGACCCAACCCACGUCUUCAGGUUUCAAUUACCCGGCAUCGCCAUUGACCCCAGUCACCAUCUUCCCUCGUCGCAAUGACCCAUCUUCACUACUUGCCACACCGACAAAGCAGCCUUCACGCACCAAACUCAAGGAUCAUUACGACAUUGACACUGAGGCCGACAUGGAUAUUAACCUCGAUCACAUACAGUAUUUUAUGCGUGAAGAGGGGCAUACACGGAGUGAGAAAAGGCGCCGUUGA